GGUCUUUGCUCCGCUGUGACGCCGUCCUCCUCUGUUAUCUAUGGCGACCAAGCGCAUUGCGAAUCAAGUCCACAAGCAGGCGUCCCGCCUGCUCCGCGAGGGCUACAUCCAGCAGGAGCCCGCCUGGUUCCGCGCUGUCCUCGACAACCCUCCUCUGCCCCUCCCCGCCCGCGCGCCCCCGUCGCGUACGCGUUUCGACACCCCGUCCGGGGCCCCACUCACGGCCCCCGCGGACAGCAAAAAGACGAAGCCGCUCCCGAUCAAGUACGUGGAGGACGAGCUCCGGCGGCAGUUCUUCCGCGACCACCCCUUCGAGGCGUUCCGGCAGACCACCCUCGUGGAGGGCGCGACGGUAGACACGGAGCAUCCUAUCCGCGGGGCACAGUGGAGGAGGUUGCGGCAGAGAGGCCGGAAUCCCUCGCCAGAAGACGCUAUCCGCUAUGCGGUAAAUCUGUACGAGCACCACGACAUGGAUCUGUCGUCAGCAUACGCGUCUGCGGUCGCCCAGUUCCGUUCACUGCGUGCUGAGCUGGAGGUCGCGCGUGCAGUUGCGCGCUCUGAGGCGGAGCAUCUUGGAAUGGAGUUCGGUCCCUCGCAAGUUGAGAUUACGUUUGCGAAAGAACACAAGGCGUUCCGGACGUUCCAGGAGGCUGCUGAGCACGAUCAUACGGCGGAGACGGAAAGAAAACGUUGGAAGGCGGUCGUGGAACGCGAGGGCAGGCCAGACAACUGGACGAAGGGGCAGGAGUACACGCGGCUGUGGAAGGAGGGUGUCCGGCCAGUAUACGCGCCGGUUUUCGUCGACCCGCAGAUCAAACCAGAAGGUCUGGUAACACAAGAACAGGCUACACAAAAGAUCUCUGCACAGGCCGACUUCAUGAAAGUCAUAACAGCAUAGACGGCAGGAUGUACUCGACGCUUUCGUUUGUUUCGUACAUUACCUCGGAAAUAAUGCGCGUG